AUGGUUUCCUGGCCCGCCCCACCCCUGCGCUCAGCCUUUGCAAAAACAGCCACUGCUGGCGCCACCGACGCCACGACUAAGGCUGCUGAUGGUGAUGAGGAUGCUACUGCCACAACUCGCCCCGCCACGGCUCGCACCGCCGUCCCUGCGCCUACUGAAGCUGCUCCCGGCCGCCAUGACAGCGCCGAGGGCUGCCGGGCGCGGCGUGCGCGUGCGCGAGCGCGGGGCGGUGGGGCGGGCGGGCGCGAAGGCGGAGGCAGGCGCACGGCUGGCGGGGGACGCGCGGGCGAGCUGGGGGGCCGUGAGAGGGCKGGGGCUCAGGGCACCCGCUUCCUAGGAGGAACGCGAGUGAGUGUGCCGCCCGGCAGACCUGCCGCUCAGCGCGUGGGCAAGUGCYGAGGCUGUGAUUCCGACGCUCCUGCGGUUGUUAAGUUACCGCAGGGUCUCUUGGCGCGGAGGGAACCGCCCCUGGUUGCCAAGGUGCCGUCUUGGACUCGGAGAAGGACACCUGAGGGACCUCUGCAAGUCAGGGAGGUGGCAGCGCUGGAGCCCGCGAGGCUGCUGUCUCUGCCUAAGGGGAGCCCAGAGUCCCCACCCCCCGCUGCUCUCGGCUGCUGCCCGCCCGCGGCGCUGAGCGGAGACUUGGAAAGAGAUUUCCACUGGGAUGCCCCGCAGCUGCCGGGUUCCAAAGGGGAGAGGAGGAGACCGCGUCCACCAGGAAUGGGAAGGAUUCCUUGCCCCGCAGCUGCCGCCCCACCAAACCUCUCCCACAUUCUCAGGACAGGAGGAUUCCCGAGACAGCUGCUCCCGACAGCGUGA